AAAAAAUGGAUAAUUCCCAAGAUUUUAAGCUAAGUAGAUUACUCGAUCAAAUUUCAAUCAUCAAGGGUGAUUUAGAAAAAUUAAACGAAUUUAAUACAUUUGUUCUCAUGUGCAGAGAACUAACGAAGGUAUUUGAGACUUAUCACUAAGUUUAGAUUUUUAUGGAAAUGGGUGGAAUUUUAAAAAAGGCUUUCGAAGAUAUCACAUCUAAAUGUAGAUUACUAGAGAGGAAUUGGAAUAUGCAUAAGCAUGGAUCAUUAAUUGAUUUUAUAUUGUUCGAGAAAUAGAAGGGUAAAUGAGCUUGAUUAUUAUAGACAUUGCAAAAUUGAAUGGCUAGAACACUGAAAAGUUUGGAUACAAAGAAGGAGAUUUUUAUUUUGAUUACGAAUCAUCAGCCCGUACAGUCUUAAGACUUAUGUGGUUUUUCGACUUUAUUUGCAAUAUGACCAACCAAUUGAUAACCGAUUAAAAGAAAAGUUUCAGUUCCAUAUGCUCAGAAGCGUAUAAUGAAAGUCUUGCCCCUCAUCAUUCCUUCACUAUUAAAACAGCUGUCAAAGCAGGUUUAUACACUGUUGGAAGGUACAAACUUAUCAAUUACAUAGUCGUGAUAAUUUCUAUAAAGUAGUAUUUAAGGAAAACGAAGACAAAGAUGAAAAAUUAGCAUUAAUACGAGAUACACUUAUGAAACUCAAAACAAGACUAUGGACAUUAUACAAGAUUGAAAAUUUGGAUGAAUUACCAUGAUUAUCAUUAUUAUAAUAUUAUCGUAAC